AUGUGCGCGCAAGCACACGCGCACACCAACAACUUGAUCAUGGAUGCCGGUACUGUCUUGGACAACCUCCUCGAGCGCCACCGCGCCUUUGUCGCCGCACCAGAACACGCGACACUGGCGAAAGUCCGCCGGCGCCAUGGAUCGACGUCGUCAGCAGUGCCUCCGUCGAAGAUGGUGGAGGCUGUGGAGCGAGGAGUGAAUCCACUCAUACUGGGGGUGCAGGCCCACAAGGCAGAGUCUGCUGCACGCGAGAAGGCGAAGGCAAGGAGGAAGGGGUCGGGGUUUGACGCAUCCCGCAGGUCCUCAGAGCCGCCGACGCCGUCAAGGACUGCGUCCUCGAGCCCCCGCAAGACCUCUAGCCAGUCAAGAAAUGCGUCGGCCUCUGCCGUGACGGUGCUCCAGACGCACACGCGACUCCCAGCGGUACCGGCAGCUAGCGAGAUGCAGCGGGCACGCGAGGUGGCGGUUUCUGCAACUCUCACGUCGCGGUACCAAGAGCUGCGCGCUAAGCGGCAGCAGGAGGACAAGGAGCGCAAACGCAGCCGCGCUGACACCGCGUCCGAACUGCACAGUGCCGCCGCAGGCGCCGGCGGCGAAAGUGCGAAGAGUGCACGCAAAUGUGUACGGAUGGAGGAGAAACGGCUGCCUCCGCAGGGGCCCCCCUUGCAGAUGAUUGCUUCCACCACGGUUUCUCGAACCCGGCGAGAUGUCUGGAGACGGCGGUGUACGACGCGGAAGAUUCUGCGGCUCGCGCGUGGGAUCUCGCGGGCCUCAGCGCUGCGGCGCUACUGGUACACCACUCUCUCCGGCAACAGGGCGGGGACUGGUGAUUGCGGUAGCUUCGCACCAGCCACGCACGCGGCGCACGCUGUGGAUGAUAGUGGAAGAGGCGAAAAUGAGGAAGGGGUUGCAACAGCGGCCUGGGGGUCGAAGGCUACGCCAAAGCCGACGCCGGAGCAACUCGGACGUUCCACCCCGCCGUUGUCGGUGUUUGCAUUGAACGACACCACAGAGAAGCGCUGUGCCCUCCGUCGUCUCCGCGCCGCUCGCCGCAGCGUGAACGACGCGCAUGACAGCACCCAGAUGUCUAGUAAGCGGGGCGACGUCGUGGCAGACUCGAAAGCUGCAGCCACGACGCCUGAAACCGUCCAGCUGCCGGUAGCGACGGCACAAUCGGCUGCCGACCGCACUGCACCCUCGCGCACGAGUCGCCGUCAGCGUAAGCAGGCUAUUCGUUGCGUUCUCAGCUUCUCCGUGGCGAGCAUGUGGACACUGGCGGCCCGCAUCGUUGCAGAGCGGCUGGGCACCGUUUCUCAGCUUUGCCUCGAGUGCAUGGGCACCACAGUUCCGGCAUCGGCGUUGGCGGCGCGCAGCGAAGGAGCGGGUGUGCUGCCUCUCUCUCUCGCCCGCUUGUUCCCGCUGUUUGGCGCACUUGUGGAGGUGCAAGAGCUGGAGCUCACGACAGCACCGGUGCGCUUGCGCAGCUCUCGAAAUGCGCGUCGCGCCCGUGGCGAAGGUGCCCGUGGCGCUCCGGAGCUACGCGUUUUACAACAACGCAAGGGUGUUGUGAUGGAAGAGUACAGCAAAACACUGGGUGUUCUGUUGCUGCCUCCCGAGGGCGGGCCCGAUGUGCAGGCUUGGACAGAUGAGGUUGCAAGGGUGCUUGCACAAGGACAAGACACGUUAGCGUGCGCGAGCAGGGGUGAUGAAGCAGCACCGCUACUACGCGUGAAAUCGUCGCCCAGUAUUGUUCGAGUGCCCAAACACUUUCCCGGGGCAUCUGGCAGCUUUGCGGAGCUGCUGCAACGGCUGCUACUGCGCACACCUACCACACCCUCCACCAGCCACGGCGGCAGAGAGCCGACACCGAUUGCUUCGACGGUGACGCGUACACCAGCCACUCCUCUUACGGACCUGCGUGUGCUGGUGGCCGUGUUCUGCGGGGAGGUGCACGCGGCAGCUGAGGGCUGUAAUGCCGCAGCCUGUCACGCUCACCGUUGUGAAGAGGGCCCGCCGGUGGCUGCCGAAGGCAUCAGGGCCGAUGCGUACCCGCUUCAUCGCCUGCUGCAUCGUUGCUUGUGA